CAGGAAAUGAUCAAGAUCAGCUGGGUUCCGAUUCACUGGCUGCUCGACUGAUGGGAUGUUCCCGGUGUGAGCCGUACUGACUAUCAAUAGCUGUGGAUAGCAGCUCCGCUGUAGAGAUGAUCAAGUUCUUCCUGAUCGUGAACAAGCAGGGACAGACCAGGUUAUCAAGGUAUUAUGAACGUACGGAGGUCCAGAGAAGAACUCUGCUGGAAUCAGACAUCAUCAGACUGUGCCUGUCACGUUCCAAGGAUCAGUGCUCCUUCAUUGAGUACAAAGACUUUAAGCUGGUUUACAGGCAGUAUGCGUCUCUCUUCAUUGUCGUUGGGAUCGAUGAAACUGAGAACGAAAUGGCAGUUUUUGAACUGAUUCAUAAUUUCGUGGAGGUUUUGGACAAGUACUUUAGCAGAGUGAGUGAACUUGAUAUCAUGUUUAACCUGGACAAGGUGCAUAUCAUUCUGGAUGAGAUGCUGUUAAAUGGCAGCGCCGUAGAGACAAAUAAAACUCGGAUACUGGCUCCCUUGCUUGUGCUGGACAAAGUUGCAGAGAGCUGACAAUCUACAGGACACAGAUAGGACUGCCUGAAAGAGAAACCAUGCUCCUGACACGUCCCACAAUGCAUCUCAGCUUUAACAGUUUUGUAAAUACAUGUUUUCAAAAUAAAAUAUUUUUCUAAGA